CUUAUGGCAGUUCAGGUAAACACUGGUACAGUCAGUUCAGAUGAUGCAUCAGGUGCAAUGUGUCACUUACAGUUUCUAUGUACUGCUUCUUGAUUUUGAAGCCAACGUUUAAUUCUGAGAAACACAGAGUGAUUGGAUUGACUGAAGGACAUUUUUUAUGCUGUGCACAUGUUCUGCCUCAUCUCAUAUAAGCACCCAGCUUCUUUUACAAAAAAAAAGAAAGCUUCUAAGUUGCAAUGUGUAAAAAUAAAGCAGCAAAUAAAGUACUUUAUUUUCAGGUGGUAACAAUGAUCAGUAGGACCUCACUUAAAUAAUUUUACUGAAGCUUAAAUGAUGACAGAGCUGUAGGAAUGAACUCUAAUCUAUAAAAGCACCAUUAUGCACUAACACACAUGUGGAAGAAGACGUUCUUAUCAACUCAGAGCCUCCAAGUCCAGCAGCAAACAUGCUGAGAUUGAACUUUCUUCCCUUUCAUUGUUUUAGUGUUUCAGUAUGUUGGAGCUCCCUGCUGCAGGUCCACCUGAGUCAGAGUGUCAUGGAGACAUUCAUGAUCUGAUCAGCCUAUGAAUGACUGGCUGUUUAAACCAAUCAGGAGAGUGCUGCGUCUGAAGGCUGAGGCCUUAAAACAGUUAACUUUCUUGCAUUUGUAUUAAGCUGUGUGGGUGAUAAUUGAUUUUUAAGCAAAAGAGUUAAGUCCCUAUUUUAAAAUAUAUUUCAAUCAGUGCUCCCACUUAACUGAUGGUUUUCAGUUGGAAAACCAUCAUUGUUGGCUGCAGCUGAGUGUGAGGUGACUGGCAUGGUGAUCGUGUCAUGAUUCUCAAGUGGAAACGUGCAGAGUACCCACUUCUAACUUGGUAAAAGAUGUUGUUUCAAGUGAAGUUUUAGGGAAAUCGGAGCAGAAACUUAUCAGACAGACUGGUGCAGCAUGUGAAGUGGGGGGAACUCCGCGCCACUCUGUGGUGCUGAAGAGAGAGCUGUGCUUACCAUUGGAAAGAAAAUGGGCCCUAGACCUGGAAGUUGCAGCUGGACUGGACAUCUCUCUUAAGGGGAGCUAGCUUAACUACCACUCAGUAAAUGUGUUGUUUCUCUCGUUUUGUGGUUGUGUCCUGUUGACAAAUGCUGGGACAAAGCUGAGGAAGACAGCAUUUUUUUAUCAUGUAGGAUGAGUUUGUUAUUGGUUUACGGCUGUAGGUUUACCUGCUCAGGUUCAGGUUGCGUGUGCGUGUCCAUAGUUCAGCUGACACAGUGUCCUCCACCCUGCCAGGCUAAGUAAACAGUCUUCCAGCCAACCCAGGUGGCCUUGCAUGGAAUGGGAAGGAACAGACUAAACACAGUCGUUAUCAGGGUGUUUUGUUCAGCUCUGGCCUUGCAGUUGGCGCCAGAGGGGUAUCCGCAUAAGUGAUGGUAUUUUUUACUUUAGUGCGAACAGCUCAUAUGAAUUUCGAAGCAGUUCUGCAGUCCAACACUGAUCUCUCAAUCUCCCGUUGGAGAGCCGCGAGCUUGCGUUCUGUGAUGUUGUCAUUUCUUGUGCUCAAGCAGCCAAUUUCUGAGAACUCACGGCAGUGUGCCUCCCCGAGAUGUCAUCCGAUGAAGUAUGAAGCUGUUAGAACCCACAUUAACCCACAUGCCACACUACUGCCUGGAAGUGGUAAAGUUUUAGUUCCUGUGCGACAUUAAGGGGAUUUGUUUUCGGUUUUGGUUUUGUUUGGUUUUUUCAGACGUCACACUGACUGAAGUCACCAUGUAAAGUAGGAAGUGUAGAGCACUUCUGUGUCAGAGUCCAUCAGAGCUGAGCUGCUUUCAGACGACUCCGUCUUGUUGUGGAUGCUGAAGCUGAUCAUGGUUCUCCUGUGGAUGAUCCUGUUGGUGCUUCUGCUCUGUGCAGAGGCCGAGAACGUGACCAAGGUCAGAGAAGAGCUGGGGACCAAUAUCACUCUAACCUGCUCCAAUCAGACAUCAGACACACACUGGUACAUGGAGAUCCACAGUCAGUUCAGAGCAUGUAUUGGCCUCAGUUUUUCCUCAGCAGGCUCUACCUACUGCUCUCCUGGUUUUGAAACCAAGUUCUCAAUCACAGGAAACAAACUGAUAAUUAAAAACUUGACAGCAGAGGACUGCAGGCUUUACUUCUGUGGCAUCAAGAGAGAUGGCAGCAUUCAGUUUGUGGAAUCUUUCCACCUCGUCUCAAAUGUCAUUGUUCCUCCCAACGACCCACAGAACGACUGCUAUAAGAGUCACCUCAUCAUCAUCUGUGUCUCAGUGGCUGCCUUUGUCAUUCUAAUAAUCAGUUUUGUCAUCAUAUUGCUGUGCUUGAAGAGGAGAAAAUGCUACGACUGAUGCUUCAGGUCACAUCUGUAAUGCUACAGAGCUACUGCGGGCUGUGCAGGGUAGGCGACCCUCUUUCAGCAAGACAUCACGGGAUUUGAUUGAUUCAUUUCAUUUUUUCAUGUGUAGUAUCAGUACACAGUAUAUUUCAUGAUUUGUUGUAACAGUAUUAAAAAGUAAUUUGUCUGCUUCCACUUUGUUUCACUGUUUAAUAAAAAUUACAUUUAUUACAAUGUAAUAUUUGUUCUUUUAAUCCAUAUUUCUAUUUCUAAUCUAUUUCUUGACCGUGGGAACAUUUAAGAAGAUCAGAAGACACCGUACAAUUUAAAAUGAGCCUUUUAUGUCAUGUAGCAGCCAGUCCAAAAAACAAAACAAAAAAGCUGUUACUUUAAACAUGUCACUGUCAUCUCUGAUACAAUGAUUUUGCUGUUAAAGUUGCUGUUGUUCUCAUUACUAGCGUCACUACUGCAGUAUUGUCAUUAAAUCAUUGAGCUGCAGAAAACAGUUGAAUAUCUCUAAUACUAAACCAAGCUACUGAGUUUAAGCAAGGGUCAAUGUAAUUUUACUUCCUGAGCGCUUGUUCGUUUUUGUGGUUUUUUAAAAAAUCUGAUGUCAUAUCAAGUGACCAUCUGAAAAAGGAAGUGUAGAGCACUUCCCUCUUAGAAUCACAUCAGAGCUGAGCUGCUUUCAGACGACUCCGUCUUGUUGUGGAUGCUGAAGCUAAUCAUGGUUCUCCUGUGGAUGAUCCUGUUGGUGCUUCUGCUCUGUGCAGAGGCCGAGAACGUGACCGAGGUCAGAGGAGAGCUGGGGACCAAUGUCACUCUAACCUGCUCCAAUCAGACAUCAGACAGAUACUGGUACAUGGAGAUUCACAGUCAGUUCAGAGCAUGUAUCGGCCGCAGUUUUUCUUCAGCAGGCUCUACCUACUGCUCUCCUGGUUUUGAAUCCAAAUUCUCAAUCCUGGGAAACAAACUUGUGAUUAAAAACUUGACAGCAGAGGACUGCAGGCUUUACUUCUGUGGCAUCAGGAGAGGAGGCAGCAUUCAUUUUGUGGAGAGUUUCCACCUUUUGUUAGAUACCUCCAACAGCAACCUGCUGAAGGACUGCAUCAUGACUCAGUUCAUCCUCAUGAUAUCCGUCUCAGUUGCCGCUGUCAUCAUCCUGAUAAUGGGUGGGGUUUUGGUACUGCUGUGUUCGAGGAAGAACAAAAGCAGCAAACAGGUGGAAGAGCCUUCAGCUCACAUCUACGAGAACGCAGAAACACUGUGGGCUAUUCAGGGCAAGGUGAUCCAGCCCUACCGAGCAAGACAUCACUGAACGAGUUCUUUCAGACGCUACAAGACUUCAUUUGUUGUAUGUCACUGAAAAACAUACAAACGUUUGCGCACGUUUCUUCUCUGCAGCAAAUACAUUAAUUUUUUGUUAGUGCUGUCAGCGUUAAUCUUGUUAAAAUUAUGUUAACGCCAUAACCGCAUUAACAUGACAAAUCUGCAUUAGCGAGUUAAUGCGGAUCGCCCCGUGCUUGGGGCUGCGCAGUGUCAAUGCAUAGAUUUGCCACGUCAAUGCGGUUAUGGCGCUAACGUCAUUUUAACGAGAUUAACGCUGACAGCACUACAUUUUGUGUAUUAUCAGGCUUGUUGGAAGACAUCUGUCCACUUCCGAUGUAAAACUUUCAAAUCAUAUGGAAAGUUGUGUAUCUUAAGCUGUCAAACGCUGUCAAGCUGGAAUAUGAAAGCAGACAAUGGUUCAAACUUUAAGGGUUCAUUUUGCAGUAUUAGUAUAAGGUGGAGGCAAUAACAGUAUUUAUGAUAGUAACAGAAAUUUUACAUAGGUAGUAGUUUUCGUUAAAGUUCUUGAAAAUGGAGUAGUAACCUAUUAAUAGAUGUAGUGAAGUCUACGUUUGUGGUAGAAUUGAUGGUAAUAAUAACAGUAAGGAUUAUGGGUAGUUUUUGCAGGACCUGUACAUUUUAUAGCUUUACUGUCAGACAGGAUGGGGUUAGUGGGUAAAACAUUUCCUGGCUUCUUCUUUUUUGCAAACAUUCUGGCAACGCCUGAAGAAAAAAUAGAAAAGAGGAAAUAAUUGGAUGUGCUAAUUUUACAAAGGUUUCCAGGAAAUAUGGCUACUCCGCAUGAUUUCACCAUUAAAAUCCUAGUGUCAUCACUUCUUCUGCACACAACAACGUCUUUGUGUUACACCAGCUGAUUGUAUUGGCAGGUUCGUCAGACCCACUGAGAUAUCUGACGUACUACAUCUUUUGGUGUGCAGCUGAUCACUUAUGUAACAGAUGGUCACUACAGUCAUGUGUAAAAAGUAGACUUUUGCCUUGAAUAAGAGUUUAUAACUCUGUCAGGCUGGAGAUGGAGGGCAGACCUUUUUUCUUAUUUGACUGUUUCAGACGUUUUACUAGCAGUAACAGUAACUACUGUACUGUUUGUACUUCUGCUUUUAGUUUUCUCUUAUUGUUAGCAACAUAGAUGGUAGUAGGAUUUUUAACGAUUAACUUAUUAAUAGAUAUAGUAAAGGCUGCCCUAGAAGUAGUAAUACCCUUGGUUAACGGUAGUUGUAGCACAGGACCUGUAAAACUAUGCAGAUAGUAAAAGAUGGAGUUUGUCUUUGACUCAUUUGUCUGUUUCCACUUGUUUGUUUCACUGUGUAAUUUUUUACUUUUUACUUAAUUUUAAUUUAUAUUUAACUGACUUUUUUAAAUUUUCAAGUCACUUUCUUUUCAGUAUCAGCUAUGAGCUGUUGUUAAGGGAAGAUUUACAAUGUUCAGAAAAUACAUUACGAUCCGAGCAGAACUUCAUUUUUUUCAUUUUAUUUAAAUUUGUAUUUUAAGUUCAGUUUAAUGUCAUUCCUCUGUGAUUUACCAUCUCAACACUUACAUUUCCCCUCACUAAUAACAUGUGUGAUACAUAUAUAUGAUGCAGAGUAGUUUGCAAAGAAAUCCUUAAUAAUGGAGAGCUCCUGUAAUGUCUAAUUUAUUAAAACAGGUUCAGACUGCACCAGCGUCUCUGAGAAAUUAACUGGCUGAAUGAAUGCACAAAGUUUAACCAGUUUUGCUGUAAAUAUUACCAGUUAGUCAUGCAACCCUUUUAAUUACAUUUUUUAAUUGUAUACAUCAAGAUUAAUGCUUGAACUACUGAGUUUUGUUUUGUUUUUCUUUUUUUGAGAUACAUGAUGACAGGAAAUCCAAAUUACAAGCACCUGAUUUCACAGAGCGUGACGCACUGCCUGAAAUUAAACAGCAUAGAAAGUAUUUAAAGUGAGCUCAGGCUCAAACAUCUGCAGCAGUAAUAUUAAUCAUAUUAAUAUUUUAAUAAUCCAUGAAAUCCAUUUGAUAAUAAUUCACAAUAUACAGCUACAGUUACAUGUGUAGUGGGGCUUUCAUAGGAUUUUUUUUUUGUUACUUUUUCUUAAAAUAAUCCUCUACCUUUUGACUGUCAUGGAUUUGCGGUGUAGCAGGCAGGAUGUAGGACUGAUAAAUAAAGGGUGAACUGAAAGAGGCAGACUUAUGUUGGCUGUAAAUGACUCUUCACACAUACAGGAAAAAACACACAGCAAGGAGGAUGCCCACAAGGGUUACAGACAUGACAACAAGCAGGGGAAGACUGAGGACUAACAUACACAGGCCGGCUAACGAGAGGAUGGGGAACAGGAAGCGCACAUGUGGGACUAAUUGACGUGAUGAGACAGGGGAAAAGCAAAACUCAAAAACACUGAACACUGGAGUAGCAAAGUAACACAGGAAGCAUGACAGAUAGACGUGGACGUGAUACUGAGACAUAGAAACAUGACAGACAGUGGGAACAGUGGGGACAUGAAGCACAGAGACAAAAGUAACAGGACACAGGACACAGGAAAGACAUAGAGACAAAACUAAGCCUGGGCAUAAAACACUGAGAACAGAAACUUAGAAACCAGGAACUGUAUAAUACAAAACUCAAAAAGUAUAACUAAACCCAAAAAACACAAACACUGGGUAGUCAGACCCAGUGCCCUGUCAUUGACAUUGUCUGCUAGUGGCAAAUUUUAAGGUGAUCACUAGAGAAGUGACAGAUUUUACAGUUUGUCAGCCAAGGAAGGAGUGCAGCAAGCUUUCAUGUUUCUCUGGCUUUCUUUCAUGUAAAAGUUUGUUCCUCAUUUCUUCUUUUACUUCCUAUAAAGGUUAUUGCAUGCCACUGGUAGUACCAAAGGGUGCACGCUUGUGUUUUAUUUUGUAGCAGUAUUAUGGUACUCUUUACAUUACUUGAAGUGUCAGAUCACAUAACAAUUGGAUUCAAUGUUACAUUUUGAAAUAAAAACUAUAGUUAAAUGUAUAGAAAUGUGAUUUUUUUCUCGGACCACACAUUUUGGUCUAGAUUCCCCCCAAAAAGAGAGACAUUUUU